AUGGGCUGCGUCCACUCCAAGAACUUUGAGCCCGUCAACCACGUCGUCUCCCGCCGUCACAACAACAACGAAAAGGCUUCUUCUACCUCUUCCUCUUCUUCUUUCAAUUCUCCCCCUGCCUACGACCAAGACAUGAAGCUUGACCUCCACUCCUCGAACCCUUCACCCAUCCUGACCGAGCCCCAUGGUAUCAACAAUCCCAAGGCCGCUCUCCGUCAGGAGCGCGUUCACCACCUCAGUGAAUCGUUCAACGCAGACCCCAAGAACAGAAUGGUCCAGAACGCGGCGCACUCUCUCGAUUUCACAACCCUGAUCACUAACCGCGAGGUGAUGAUCGCCGACAACCAUACCUUCAACACCAAGAUCCCUAUCGAGUCCAUGGUCACCAACCAGAAAUCGUCCGGUCGCUGCUGGAUCUUUGCGGCGUUGAAUGUCUUCCGUGUUGAGGUCAUGAAGAAGUAUAACCUGGAGGAGUUUGAGCUCUCGCAGGGGUACUUGUUCUUUUGGGAUAAGUUUGAAAAGUCCAACUGGUUCUUGGAGUGCAUGAUCGACCUGCGCGACAGGGACGUGAACGACCGGGUAGUCCAACACCUCCUCAAAGAACCCGUCAACGACGGCGGACAAUGGGACAUGCUCGUCAACCUCGUCGAGCGUUACGGUGUCGUCCCCAAAGCCCUCUACCCCGAAUCCUUCUCUUCCUCCUCCUCGGGCAAGCUUAACAACCUGGUCAUUUCCAAAUUGCGCGAUCAUGCUGUCGUCUUGCGUCGUAUGGCUGCCCUGGGCAGGUCAAUCGAGGAGUUGAGGGCCGAGAAGGACAAAUGUCUGAAGGAGAUUUAUAACAUUCUGGCGAUUACGCUGGGGGAGCCACCCAAGAAGCCAUUUACGUGGUCGUUCAGGAAUAAGGAUAAGAAGUACUUUGAGUUCCAGAACGUUACUCCUCAGUCUUACUUCCGUGACCAUGUUGGAUACCCUGUCGCGGACACGAUCUCGAUUGUGAACGACCCUCGUAACAAGACAAUGGCGCUUUACACUGUCCAGUACCUCGGAAACAUUUCUGGAGGACAGCCCAUCCGUUACGUCAAUGCUCCCAUUGACGACCUCAAGGCUCUCGCCAUCAAGAAGCUCUCCUCCGGCAAACCCGUCUGGUUCGGCGCGGAUGUGGGCAAGUACUUGCAGCGGGACGCGGGUAUCUUGGACCCCAAGGUAUUCCAAUACGACCUGGCCUUCAAUGUCAGCUUCAAUAUGACUAAAGCCGAGCGAUUGAUCCACGGCGAGUCCCUGAUGACCCACGCCAUGGUCUUUACGGGUGUCCACUUGGACGAGCAUGGCAAACCUGUCCGUUGGCGCGUCGAGAACAGCUGGGGAGAUGUCGGCGGUGAUAAGGGAUACUUGACUAUGAGUGAUGCUUGGUUCUCGGAGUUUGUGUACCAGGUUGUGUUGGAGAAGGCGAUUACUCCCAAGAAAUACCUUGAUGUUUUAGAGCAGGAGGUUCAUGUCCUUCCUGCCUAUGACCCUAUGGGUGCCCUGGCCUAA